AUUUAUUUAUUUAUUUCUACAAAAGUAUAAAUUAUUUAUUUGUAUAUUCAUGUACGUGUAUUAAUCAUUUAAUAAUUUUGUUUUUAUUUUAUUAUAAAUUGGCAUGUUUAAUGUUUAAAGUUGUUAAAAUAUUUCAAACGAUGUCGGGUAGCAAUUUAUUUUGAUAAUAAUAUUGUAUUUAAUUAAUCAAAUUGUUUAAAUUACUGCAUUUUCUACAUAAAACACAAUUCGAAUUUAAUGAAUGUUCUAUCCCAUGACAAAACAGAUUGUUUUGUCGUGUUGUUUCCAUAUAAUAAACCUCCUAGAUUCUAUAAGUUACGAUUUAAAUGGCUUAGAAAUACAUUUUGUAAUAUAUUUCAUGUAGGUACCUAAUUAAAAAUAAUUGACCAGAUAACAAUAUAAAUAAUUACGUACGAUUAAAAGUGAGUCGAGUCAUAACGUUAGGGGAUCUGAUGCAAUGUUGCACUUAGGUAAUAGUGAGGCCGUAUAUCGAAACCCUAGUUGACCGAAUUCGUGAAUCCCCGUCCGUACAACUGUAUGGACACCGUCGAAAGGACUCACCUCGAGGUUUAUUUUCUGAACGAAGGCGACGUCCAGCAGGUCUUUGGAAGUCAUGACGUUUCAACACACGGUUCGUACGACAAUUUUAGUGCACCGGAUAAUUGCUCUUCAACGACGGAUUCGAUCACUUUAAACUAUAGGUAACACAAGUAGUCGACGACAACAGUACGAGAACGAGAGAAGUGUUUGGGUUGACUGGCGCGCAUUAAUUUUCAAAGAACGUGAUACAUGUGACUUCUAGCUGAUAAGUAAAAAAAUGAUAGUGUCCGAGUGUCGAUUGCGGCAGCUGUAGACCUCCGGACGUCGUCGUGUCGUCUCGUCGAAGAGCGGGGAACGCACACGCAGUCAACUGUUAUUACCUAAUUAUUAAUAUUAAAAAAACGUACGUGUAUUAUUUGCUCUUAUUUAUUAUUAUUAUACAAAUAUACACGUAACCGAUUGGGUAGUAAUUAUCACCGUCCGACCCCCGAUGUUUUUUUCGUGGAGCUUAGCGGUAAUGAACGGAGGUGAGGGCCCAAAAAUGUGUACACCCGUAGGGGAACCAAAAUAUUACGCGUGUACGUCGUCGUCGCGGUGUGUGCGGAACAGUUCCGUUCUCUCUUCUGCGGCCACGAUAUCUGCUCGUCUGAUUAAACCGCUUACCCGCUACCCAGUACUUGGUAAUGUGUGGUGGUGCAUGUUGUUGUUUACGUUUACCCACUGUGCCGCCACCACUGCUAGUAUAUUGUUGUCCCCGGUGUAAUUGUACCUCGCCGCUUUUUCGACGCAUGCUUUUAUAAUAUUCUGUAUUGAAGUUUCUUUUUUUUUUUUUAUUAUUAUUAUAUCCGAAUGUUGUGGAACAGUAAACGAUUUUUAUAAUAUUUCCUUUUAACGCGGUUUUAUUCGUUCGGAAUAUUAUAUUUUGAUUUCUCCGACGUACGAGACCGCGAUUUCCCCGCGAACGUUUUUUUUUUUUUUUUUCUGCGUGUGUGUCUGUGUGUGCUCCCGCCGCCACAUGUUAAAGUAGGCGCGAAAGUGUGUGUGAUUCGUUGGACAAAAAAAAAUUCGGUAUCGAUUACCACACGACUAUUAACUUAUUUACAAUCGUUUUGCGCAGAAGCCAUACGCGAAUUGUUCCAUUUACCUGCGGUGUUUCUGUGCAUUUUGUAGGUGUUAAAUUUGCUGCGUCAAAAAUGGUGCGACAAAACUGCGGACUUUUGGUGGUCUGCGGGCCAUCGGGAGUAGGAAAAUCCACGCUGCUCCGUAAACUGUUCGACGAGUAUCCGGAUAAAUUUGGGUUCUCGGUCUCGCAUACCACCCGGUCUCCCCGAAUUCACGAGGUGGAUGGUCAACAUUACCACUUCACUACUAAAGAACAGAUGCAAGCGGCCAUUGACCGCGGAGAAUUCCUAGAACAUGCUGUGUUUUCCAACAAUAUGUACGGCACCAGGUAUAGUAGUUUUGUUUCACCUUCGUCCCUCAAGUGCUCUCAAUGUAUUUUGCAUACCUAAUAUUACCAAUUACUAUUCUGUAAAUAUAGCUUGAAUGCUGUGCAAACUGUUCAGAAGUUGGGCAAGAUUUGUGUACUAGACAUUGACAUGCAAGGCGUAAUUCAAAUCAAAAAGGUGCCCAACUUGAAACCGGUAGGAGUCUUUAUUAAACCUCCAAGUAUUGGUGAAUUAGAAGUACGGUUGCGUAGACGAGCUUCAGAAUCCGAAGCCAGUCUUCGCGCUAGAUUAAAUGCUGCUCAGCAGGAAAUCAACUACGGUAAGCACUUACCCUCAUAAUUUUGUAUAUUAAACACAAUAUAAUUUUUGUGUACAUUAAAUUUUAGGAGAAACACCAGGGAAUUUUGAUUAUAUUAUAACCAACGAGUCAUUGGACAAAGCGUAUAAUGCUUUCAAAGAAUUUGUUUUAAAGUCAUUUGAAAGUAUUGGAAAUUAAAGGUAUAUAAAUAAAUAAGUAUGUAGUCAUAUACUAAACAAAAUAUUCAGUAUUUAAAACUCAGUCAAUAGAUUAUAGUUAAAUUAGGUAUGUGUAAAAUAUUUAUACAUAUUCUUAUUGAAUAGUGUUAAGAAAACACUAGAUUAAUAUAAAUACUAGUUAUUUGACAUUAUCUAAUUAGUGUUGAACUUUGCGAAAUAAUUAUUUUUAUUAACUAGAGAACAUAAAAUAUAAUACACAUACUUAUUUACUACCUAUAUGUAUUUUAUUAGAUUUCAACAUGGGUGUCACGAGAGGAGGAGGUAAGGUGGGUUUUUAAUAUUGUGUACUACGUUAAUUAUACUGAGCCUUAUUUAUUCCCCCUUCACCAAAACAUAUGCAGAUGCCCAUAUAUUUUAAAUCAAUUUGAAGUACAAUUUUAAAUUCACCGUUAUCAAUAAGUACUUUGUUAAUAACAAAAAUAAUAAAGUCUUUAAUUUUCAAUUAAAAAUGACAAUGCUAAAGUCCAUUAUAAAUAACUUGAUUACUUAUUAAUUUUUUAUUUUUAAAAUAGGUUAAAAAAAAUACUUUUUAAUUUUAAUUAAUCUGAUUUUAUUAUUAUAUUUUUUUCAAUUUUUCUCCCAAAUUAACAUUCUAAGUUCUAAUUACCUAUCUUUUUUUCAAAAAAAAAAAAAAAUAUAUGUAUAACAUUUAUUUUUAUAAUAAACUAAAUGUUUAAUUUUUAAAGGUCUGAAAUCCAUAAUCAUUUUUAAAUAAAACUUACUGGUCUCAAUUUUGUACAAUCGCUAAUUAAUUACUGUCUGAUAUACUAUACUACUAUAGUAACAUAUCCACGAGAAUAAUUGAAAUUUUAACUCUAAAAUCUUUUUUAUUCAUCGCGAUAAUUUAAUUUACAUGUUAAGGAUUAUAAGACAAAAUUUAAAGUUGGUAAUUUGUUUUUUGAAUUACAUAUCCAUAAAUUUGUAAUAAAGUUUCGGUUUUGGACAUGAUUUGUAACUUGUACUACUUAAAUUUUCAUUCCUUUAAAAAUAAAAAAACCUCUUUAUUACCAGAAAUCUUUGAAUGUUUUGGUAAUCAAAAAAUUAUGUGCCAAAUAAAUUGUACAACCAAUUAUUUUUACCUCAUCUUUUGCUCGUUAAUCGUUCCUUACCUUACUAUAGUAUUAUUUAAAUCAAAUACCAUAAUAUCCUUAUUAUAGUAUUGACCUAUUCCUGAAAAAGUACUUCCACAUUUUAAAUUUGUAUUCAAACAGUAACAACUUGCAAAUUAAGUGGUGAAAUAUCUAAUUAAUAUACACUAGAGUAAAAAAAAAAUUACACACAAAUUUAAAAAAAUAAAUACAAUUAUGAGUUUCAAAUAUAAUAAAAGACCCUACUUGAUAGGUAUUAAGUUGGCAGUAACUAAUUUAAGAAUGAGACUUAUAUAGUAUUAUUUAUUUUUAUACCAUGUGUAUUAAAUAUUAAUAAUAUGAUCAUAAGUUUUAUAUUUUAAUUCUUUGAAGUGAUUAACUUUUUUUUGAGACCAAAUUAACAGACAAUUAGUAUUGAUAUUGUAUACUUGUGAUUUUUCAUUAUAUGGUUACCAAAUUUUGGAGCAAUUUUCUCAUUUAAUACAAAACAACUGAUGUUUUUUAUUUUAAUAACUUAUACCCACUGUUGGCUUCGUAUAUUAUGUAUGGUUAUGUUAUUUAAAUAUAUAUAUAUAUAGCAUAUAUAUUUGUUAAUUUGUGAUGAUGUCUCUUAACUUUAGUGACAUCUUUAGUCUAAAGUGAUAUAAAUAAUUAUAAAACCUGAGAUAUAUAUAUUAAUAUGUAAUGUACUUUGUAGUAGUAACUCUUGUAUAUAAUUAUUAUCUAUUGUGAACUAAAAAAAAAUUAGUAUACUUUAUUAUUAUUAGAAAUAAUAUCAAUAAGAGUUUAAGUUAAAAUUAAUACCACUUAUUAUUAUUUAUUGGUUUUUUUCUUACCUCGAUAAUUAUAGUACAUGAAUUUAUUUAAUUUAAGUAAGUUUAUAAUACUUCUGAAUGUAUUUAUUCUUUAUAAAAAAACUAAUUUUUUUUUUUGUUUUUUUUUUUUUUUUAAUUAUGUUUUAGUUAUUAUUAUUAAAUUUAUUUUAUUGGCUAAAAUACUGUAUAUUAUUUAUUUUAGCUUCAGAUUAUUUUUCUAAUGAUGUUAAAAUAAUAUAAUUUUCAAGUUGUAAUAAUCCAGCAAAUAUUGUUUAUAAUUUAGCGAGAAAAAAUAAAUUAAAAGAUCUUUAUGUCG